GGCUGGUGGCGUGGGUCCGUUUCUCCGCAGCUGGUUCUGUGCCGCGGCUUUAAGGCGGUGCAGGCGGAGCCCUGGCGGCGCGCUGCUGCGCUGCUGUACGCGGAGUUGUGCGGGGCAGCGCGGUGAGAGCAUGACCUCGUCCUGAGCGCAGCGGACCGGACCGGACCGGAGGACUGAUCGGCAGGAUUUAUUACCGCUCAACUGGGCUGCUCUCAGUCCGACAGGACGAAGACAUGGACGGACGUGCUCUGCUGUUACUUUGCCUGCUCUUCAUCCGAGCGGAGGCUGUCUCAUCCCGGUAUAACGCCGCCACCCCUCUCCAGCCCUACAUGCCCAACGUGUGUGAGGAGAGAGAGGUGACGCUGGUGGCCCAGAGGCAGCCGUGUGUUCAGGCCUUCACACGCAUGGUCAAGACAUGGAAGCAAGGCUGCCCGGGACAGAGCUGGUGUAUGGGAUACGAGAGGAGGACGGCGUACUACACUGCCUACAGACAAGUGUACAGACAGGACUACCAGAACGUGUACAGGUGCUGUCCUGGAUGGUCUCAGCUCAACGGAGAGGCCGGCUGCCUUUACCCACUGUGUAGUUACGGAGUGUGUUUUAAUGGAGGCCAGUGUCGAAAGGGAUCCACCCAGCUGUGCGACUGUCCAGCUGGAUUCAACGGGCCCAGCUGUCAAUAUGAUGUGAAUGAGUGUGAGGAGACCAAUGGCGGCUGCGAGGCACUCUGCUGUAACACUAUCGGGAGCUUCUACUGCCGAUGUCCCCCCGGCCAGAAACUAAAAGAGGAGGGAAAAACCUGUGAAGACAUCGAUGAAUGCCAGGUCCAUAAUGGAGGAUGCCAGCAGAGGUGCAUUAACACCCGGGGUUCCUACCACUGCGAAUGCACGCCCGGCUUUCGGUUGCAUGUGGACGGGCGCACCUGCCUUUCGGUCCUCUCCUGUGCCGUGAGUAAUGGCGGCUGUGAGCAUUACUGCAUCCAGCAGUCUGCGGCUCAUUUCCACUGUCGCUGCAAAGCAGAGUAUGUCCUGCAGCAGGAUGGAAAGCACUGUAAACUACAGAAUCCUUGUGCGGAGCAGAAUGGCGGCUGUAUGCAGGAGUGCAGGGUUGACGGUGGCCGGGCUCACUGCGAUUGUCGUGUGGGCUACCUCCUGGCUGUUGACGGGAAGACUUGUGAAGAUAUUGAUGAAUGUGAGACGGAGGAGGCCAACUGUGCUCACGGCUGCCACAACACGCCGGGGUCCUACGUCUGUGUCUGUAACACCGCCUACGAGCUGGGAGCCGACGGCAGACAGUGUUACAGAAUCGAGAUGGAGAUUGUGAACAGUUGUGAGGACAACAAUGGUGGCUGUUCCCACCACUGCCAGCACUCCACUGCCGGCCCGGUUUGCUCGUGUAACCAAGGUUAUCAACUGGACGAUGACCUCAAAUCCUGUGUGGAUGUGGAUGAAUGUGGAGAACAGACAUCUUGUUGUGAGCAGGACUGCCUCAACUACCCUGGCGGCUAUGAAUGCUACUGCUCGGCAGGGUACCGAAUCAACCACGAUGGAUGUAGCUGUGAUGAUGUGGAUGAGUGCCAGGCAAAUAACGGAGGGUGCGACCACACGUGUCAGAACAGCGCCGGGUCCUUCCAGUGUUUCUGCCAGCGAAGGUAUCGACUGGACGAGGACCGCCGCUCCUGCAUUCCAUUGGAAGAUGCUAUUCAGGCUCUGUCCAGUGGGGGCGCCAUUGAGUCACCCCUGCCUCGCCCUCAGCUAACGUUGCUGCAGGACUACAGCCAGCCGUUGGAGCGUUACGACGACUACGAGGAAGAUGAGGAAGACGAGGGAGAGCUGAGGGCUGAAAGCAACCUGGCAGAGAAAUUUGUGUGUCUGGAUGAGACGUUUGGCAAUGACUGCAGUCUGACCUGUGAUGACUGUGUGAAUGGAGGGACGUGUAAUCCAUGGAGGAACAGCUGUGACUGUCCAGAUGGAUGGACAGACGUCAUCUGUAACCAGACUUGUCCUGAAGGGUUCUUUGGUAAAAACUGCUCUUUUCCUUGUAAGUGUAAAAACGGUGCCAGCUGUGAUCCGGUGUCUGGAUCCUGCCGCUGUCCGCCUGGCAUCAGUGGAGACUUGUGCCAGGAUGGCUGUCCAAAGGGCUUCUAUGGGAAGCUGUGCAAUAAGAAGUGUAACUGUGCAAACAACGGCCGCUGCCACCGGACAUACGGAGCCUGUCUGUGUGACCCGGGGCUCUAUGGGAGGUUCUGCCACCUACCUUGUCCGAAGUGGGCAUUUGGACCGGGCUGUUCUGAGGAGUGUCAGUGCAUCCAGCAGAACACUCUGGAGUGUCAUCGUCGCCAUGGCACCUGCAUCUGCAAACCUGGUUACCAAGGCAACACAUGCAAGGAGGAAUGUGACCCGGGAACCUAUGGGCCCGUCUGUAACAGGAAGUGUGCUUGUAUGCCAGGCGUGUCAUGCAAUCACGUGACAGGAGAGUGUCAACGAAGAUGCCCUCCCGGCCGACGUGGGGAAAACUGCGAACAAGACUGUCCAGACGGGAGGUUCGGAGCCGGAUGCGUCCAUGUCUGCAACUGUACCGGAGCUCCUUGUGACGCGGUGACGGGACAAUGCACGUGUCCAGCAGGGACAACUGGGAAACACUGUGAGAACUUGUGUCCGGAGGGGCGGUGGGGCGUCGGCUGUGUGGAGACGUGUCCGCCCUGUGAGAACGGAGGUGUGUGUGACAAACACAACGGAUCUUGUCUGUGUCCUCCAGGACACAUGGGCCGCCUGUGUCAGAACUUGUGCCCGGUGGGACGUUUCGGUCAGGGCUGCCAGAUGAAGUGUGUGUGUGAGAACAACGCUCGCUGUCACCCGGUGAGCGGACGCUGCAGCUGCACCCCGGGCUGGACGGGACACAGCUGCAGAAAAGCCUGUGACGCUGGACGCUGGGGGGUCGACUGUGCAGGAACCUGCGACUGUCAGAACGGAGACGGCAGCUGUGACGCCGUGAGCGGCCAGUGUACCUGUGAGGCUGGCUUUACUGGAGCCCACUGCCACCAGAAAUGCCCGCCGGGUUUGUUUGGUCUCAGCUGCCGCCAUCGAUGUCAGUGUGCCAACAAGGCGUCAUGUGACCAUGUGAGCGGCGCCUGCACCUGCCAGGUCGGCUGGACCGGGACGUUCUGUGAGAAAGCCUGUCCACAGGGCUUCUACGGGCUGGACUGCCAGAGGAAGUGCCUGUGUCUGAACGGUGGCAGUUGUGACCACGUCAGCGGGAUGUGUUACUGCCCCGCCGGCUGGACCGGCCCCGACUGCAGCCUGACAUGUCCGGCUGGUUUCUAUGGAGAAGGAUGUAACCAGACCUGCGGCUGCCAGAACGACGGCAGCUGCCAUCCGGCGAGCGGGCAGUGUGCAUGCACGCCCGGCUGGACCGGACCCAGCUGUACUGACGAAUGCCCUGUGGGUUUUUACGGAGCAGACUGUCGCCAUCGCUGUUUGUGUCAAAACCAAGCUUCCUGUAACCGGACCAGUGGAGCGUGCACGUGUGCCAGUGGAUGGACGGGCACGGCCUGCGAGCUAGAGUGUGUGGCGGGCCGGUUCGGGGCAGACUGCCAGCAGCAGUGUCAGUGUGCAAAUGGUGGCCAGUGCGACAGACAGACGGGCCGCUGCAUCUGCAGCUCUGGAUGGGUUGGUGAACUCUGUGAGAAAGCGUGUCAGCCAGGUUGGUUCGGUUGGGGCUGUGGGGAGCGGUGCCGCUGUGAACAUGGCGCUGUUUGUCACCACGUCACCGGAGACUGUCAGUGUCCACCGGGCUGGAGAGGAAAGCUUUGUGGUAAAGCAUGCUUGCCGGGUACCUUCGGCUCAGGCUGUCUGCAGCGCUGCACCUGUCCUGCAGGAAGCUCGUGUCACCACGUGUCCGGAGAGUGUGGCUGUCCUCGGGGAUUCACCGGAAACGGCUGCGAGCAGCUCUGUCUGCCAGGGACGUUCGGUCUGGACUGUAACCAGGUCUGUCAGUGUUCAGAGACCAACCAGCUCUGUGAUCCGGUGUCGGGCUCCUGUUACUGCGCUCCGGGCUUUCUCGGCCCUAAAUGUGACCAAGAGUGUGGCGAGGGACGUUACGGACCAAACUGUGACCGCAAGUGUCGGUGUCAAAACGGAGGAAGGUGUGUCCCGACCACCGGCGCCUGUGACUGUCCAGCCGGCUUCAUAGGAGCACACUGCAAUAUCCCCUGCCCGCCGGGCCGCUAUGGACCGGACUGUGCCGGCGUGGCGCUGUGUGGAGACGGGGCCCGGAACGACCCGGCGUCCGGCCGGUGUGUGUGUCAGCCCGGCAGGAGAGGAGAGGACUGCGGGCAGGGCUGUGCGUCCGGCUGGUUCGGUGUGGACUGCCUCCAUCGGUGUAACUGCAGUAACGGAGGUGUGUGUGACGUGGUGACGGGGGAUUGUUCGUGUGGUCUGGGCUGGACCGGUACACACUGUGAGACAGAGUGCCCCGCCGGGAUGUUUGGUGCCAACUGUCAGUUCAGCUGCUCCUGUCAGAAUAACGGAAGCUGCGACCGGGUGACAGGAACCUGCCGGUGUGAACCGGGGUACUAUGGACAUACGUGUGAACAUGUGUGUCCACCGGGUCUCAGCGGUCCUCUUUGUCAGCUGCGGUGUGACUGUAUGAAUGGGGCGUCCUGUCAUCCCGCCUCAGGACGCUGUGUGUGUCCACCCGGUUACCAUGGCAACCGCUGUCAACGAGAGUGUGAGCAGGGCUCGUUCGGCCAGGGCUGUUCUUCUCUGUGUGACUGUGAGCUGGGGACACCAUGUGACCCCGGGACAGGAAGGUGUCUGUGUCCAUCAGGAAAGACGGGAGUCAGGUGUGACGUCGGCUGCAGAGAAAACCAGUUCGGCCCCGACUGCUCGGAGACGUGCGAGUGUGAGAACGGCGCACACUGUGACCAGCGCAACGGCCGCUGCACCUGUCUGAACAACUGGAUCGGGCUUACAUGUCUAGAAGGUGGACCCCCAGCCCUCCCCAACACCAGCCACACGGGACACUCACAGCGGGACAACGCGUUAUAGCGCCUCCCUCCUGUUAGAGGACUCCAACACACUGAGACACACCGGCUUGUAAUCUAAACGGAUGUGACUCCUGUGCAUACACGUUUAAAUAUCCACUCGUGUGUCGGGACUGCACGCUGUGGCCCCGGCGGCUGGGUGGAGGACCUCCGGGAAGGCGGAGUCUCUGACAGGGACUUCGACUGACAUUAUCUCCAGAGGUGUGUCCGUGUGUGCCUUAAAUGGUGCGCCGUUGUGGUCUUCUGGUCAAAAAGGGACUUUUCCAAUGUGGUAAACUAAAGCUGGGAG